AUGCUUGUCCAAUCGUUUGCAAGCACUGUGCUUAAAUCAGUUGCCAGACUGGUGGAACCAAUUGCUUCACGAGUAAUCCUCGCAAGACCUUACUCGGGGAGUACACCACCACCACCACCACCAACAUCAGGUGAUUCACAGAGGACGCCACCACCACCAGUUGAGGAUACCACACAUUUCGGUUACAAAACUGUCAAUCGUGCAGAAAAGGAAAACCUUGUUGGUGGAGUCUUCUCCUCAGUUGCUUCAAACUAUGAUCUCAUGAACGAUGUCAUGUCCAUGGGAGUUCAUCGGUUGUGGAAACACCACUUUAUUAACAGAUUGGACGCAGGAAUGAGGCCAUCAUCAUCUGAACCAUUGCACUUUCUCGAUGUUGCUGGUGGUACAGGUGAUAUUGCAUUUGGAUUAUUAGAGCAUGCUGAAAAGAGAUUUGGUGAUGUUGAAAGUAAAAUCACUGUGGCUGAUAUCAAUCCUGAUAUGUUGAAAGAAGGUGAAUUGAGGUAUGCAAAACUGAAAUGGGCCAACGAAGGUAAAAACCGUGUUGAAUUUCUUGUUCAAAAUGGUGAAACCAUGGACGCAAUUCCCGAUAAUUCUAAAGAUGUGUACACGAUUGCCUUUGGUAUUAGAAAUUUCACCGACAUACAAAAGGGUUUAAACACGGCGUAUAGAGUAUUGAAACCAGGUGGAAUUUUUGCAUGUUUAGAGUUUUCACAAGUUGAAAACCCGGUUAUUGAUUAUGCUUACCAAGCUUACCUGUUUUCAUUAUUACCUUUAAUGGGUCAAUUGAUUGCCAAUGAUAGAGACUCUUACCAGUAUUUGGUUGAAAGUAUUCAAAAGUUUCCUAAACAAGAGGAAUUCAAGUCAAUGAUUGAAAAAGCAGGAUUCUAUGUACCGGAACCAGGGUAUGAGAAUUUGACCUUUGGAGUGGCUAGUAUCCAUAUCGGUAUCAAGCUUUGA